AUGACCACUAACUUGGUAGACGCCGUUGGUCCGAAGACAACGAUCGGUAAGAAGUCUAAGAAGAUUAAGGAUUGGGAGGAUCCAGACCGGGACAAUUCUAACGAUCUCAUGGUCACCAAGAAAGCAUUCUUCCAGAUCGAAAUUGACGAUGAACCUGUAGGCAAGGUUGUUAUCUCACUAUUCGGAGAGACUUGCCCAGUGACUGUACAGAACUUUGCUGCGCUGGUUAGAGGGACGUCAAAAAACAGGGAGAGGCUGAGUUACAAUGAUACAGUUGUUCAUCGCAUUGUGUCUGAUUUCGUCAUCCAGAUGGGUGACGUCACAGAGGGAGACGGCACUGGCGGUAUAAGUAUCUACGGUAAGUAUUUUGAUGAUGAGAACUUCUACCUCCGUCACGCUGGACCAGGAUGGGUGGCGAUGGCAAAUUCAGGCCCAGAUACCAACAAUUCACAAUUCUUCAUUUUACUCACCAAGGCAGGCUGGCUGGAUGGUCGUCAUGUUGUGUUUGGUAAAGUUACUGAAGGAAUGGAUAUAGUGGAGAAGAUAUCCCAGAUUGACACCGAUGAUGCCGACUUUCCAUUGAAACCGGUUCGUGUUAUUGACAGUGGUAUCAUACCAGUCAGGACACCCUUCAUUCUUACAGACAGCGACGGAGACCAAACCAAUAUUUAGUUAUUACAAGUUCGCUAAAU